GCACCAGCGCCCGGACAGCGGCACCGCCCACGGGCAUGGACCGAGGUAGCUGCAGCGGCGGGAGCGGUCCGGCUCCCGGCCCGGGUCCGGAAGAGGAGCAAAGGCAAGAAGGGGAGCCUUUGGCCCCAGAUGGCAGCUCCCCGGACAGGUCCCAGAGCAAGGCUGUGGCCCCUGAGGCAAGCCCAGAAAGGAGCUGCUCCCUCCACAGCUGUCCCCUUGAGGACCCUUCCAGUUCUUCAGGACCUCCACCAGCAACUUCUACCCUCCAGCCUGUGGGCCCUUCCAGCCCUUUGGCCCCUGCCCACUUCACUUAUACACGGGCACCAAAGGAAUACCGGGGGGGCAGUUCCCUGCCAGGGCUGGGGGACCGGGCAGCUCUGUGCUCCCAUGGCUCUGGCCUCAGCCCUUCCCCAGCCCCCUCACAGCAUGAUGGGGCCUGGAAGCCACCCUCUGUGCAGCACCAUGUGAUCAGUGUCAGGCAAGAACAGGCCUUCCGGAUGCCCAAGAGCUAUUCCCAGCUGAUUGCUGAGUGGCCAGUGGCAGUGCUGCUGCUGUGUCUAGCUGUCAUCCUUCUUUGCACCCUGGCUGGACUCUUGGGGGGCCACCUGCCUGACUUCUCCAAGCCCUUGCUGGGUUUUGAGCCUCGGGACACAGACAUUGGUCGCAAGCUAGAGGUCUGGAGAGCACUGCAGUCCCUCACAGGCCCCAGGAAGCUUCUUUCCCUUUCCCCAGACCUUGAGCUGAACAGCUCAAACCCCCACACCACUCUGAGCCCCACACCCUGGAGUACUGCCCAGGAGGGCAUGGUCCGGCCCCGGAGGAUGGUGGAGCCCCUGGAGGAGAGAGGGCAGGAGAACUUCUUCUGUGGCCCCCCUGAGAAGAGCUAUGCACAGCUGGUGUUCAUGUCCACCUCAGAGGGCAGCCUGUGGAACCUACAUGCCAUCCAUUCCAUGUGUCGCAUGGAACAGGACCAGAUUCGUUCCCAUACCCGCUUUGGGGCUCUGUGCCACCGUAUAACAGCCAACAAGUGCUGCCCUAGCUGGUCCCUGGGCAACUAUGUGGCCGUGCUCUCCAACCGCUCCUCCUGCCUGGACACUACUCAAGCAGACACAGUCCGCAUACUGGCCCUGCUUCGGACCUGUGCCCUCUACUACCACCGUGGUGCCCUGGUGCCCUCUUGUCUGGGACCUGGGCAGGACAAGCCCCCACGCUGUGCCCAGGUUCCCACCAAGUGCUCCCGGAGCAGUGCUGUCUACCAACUUCUGCACUUUCUGCUGGACAGGGACUUUCUGAGUCCCCAGACUGCUGACUACCAGGUGCCCUCCCUCAAGUACAGUCUGCUCUUCCUGCCCACCCCAAAGGGUGCCUCCAUGAUGGGCAUCUACCUGGACCGCCUAGCCACCCCCUGGGGGCUCUCUGACAAUUACACAUCCAUCACUGGCAUGGAUCUGGGCCUCAAGCAGGAGCUGCUCAGGUACUACCUAGCCCAGGAUACGGUGUACCCCUUGCUGGCCCUGGCUGCCAUCUUCCUCAGCAUCGCUCUCUAUCUGCGCUCCUUCUUCCUUACGUUCAUGGUUCUGCUAGGGGUGCUGGGCUCCCUACUGAUGGCCUUCUUUCUUUACCGAGUGGCCUUCCGCAUGGCCUACUUCCCUUUCGUCAAUCUGGCGGCCCUCGUCCUGCUCAGCAGCGUCUGCACUAAUCACACCCUCGUCUUCUUUGACCUCUGGCGCCUCAGCAAGAGCCAGCUGCCCUCUGGCGGGCUGGUGCAGCGCGUGGGCCGCACCAUGCACCACUUCGGCUACCUGCUGCUGGUCUCCGGCCUCACCACCAGCGCGGCCUUCUAUGCCAGCUACCUGAGCCGCCUGCCAGCUGUGCGCUGCUUCGCCCUCUACAUGGGCACGGCUGUGCUGGCGCACCUGGCGCUCACGCUCGCCUGGCUGCCCUCCUCGGCCGUGCUCCACGAGCGCUACCUGGCUCGCAGCUCCUCGCGCCUGCUGUUCCAGCGCCUCCUGCCCUGCGGCGUCAUCAAGUUCCGCUAUAUCUGGAUCUGCUGGUUCUCGGCGCUGGCGGCAGGGGGCGCCUACAUCGCGGGCGUCAGCCCCCGCCUGCGGCUGCCCACCCUGCUGCCCCCGCGCGGCCAGGUCUUCCGGCCCAGCCACCCCUUCGAGCGCUUCGACGCUGAGUACCGCCAGCAGUUCCAGUUCGAGCGGCUGCCUGAGGGCGAGGGCGGCCACAUGCCCGUGAUUUUGGUGUGGGGCAUCCUGCCUGUAGACACUGGGGACCCCCUGGACCCUCGCAGCAACAGCUCACUGGUUAGUGACCCUGCCUUCUCGGCCAGCAGUCCCGAGGCCCAGCGCUGGCUGCUGGCACUCUGCUACAGAGCUCGGAAUCAGAGUUUCUUUGGAGCCCAACCGGAGGGCUGGCCCACACUGUGCUUCAUGGAGGCCCUCCAGCACUGGAUGGAGAGCCCCGGUUGUGCCCGCCUGGGACCUGGCCUCUGCUGUAGCCACUCAGGCUUCCCCUGGGCACCCCAGCUUUUCCUGCACUGCCUCAAGAUGAUGGCUCUGGAGCAAGGCCCAGAUAGCACCCGUGACCUGGGGCCUCGCUUCAAUACCCAGGGCAGCCUGACUGCCCUGGUCCUACAGUUCCAGACCAGCUUCCAGUAUAGUCCAGACUACAGCCAGGCCCACCACUUCUACACUGAGGUCAGCCACUGGCUGGCAGCAGAGCUGGGCAGGGCACCUCCGGGCCUCCGCCAGGGUUGGUUCACCAGCCGUCUGGAGCUGUACAGCCUGCAACACAGCCUGAGCACCGAGCCUGCUGUUGUGCUGGGCCUGGCUCUGGCGCUGGCCUUUGCCACACUGCUGCUUGGCACCUGGAACGUUCCACUUAGCCUGUUCUCCGUGGCAGCUAUAGCAGGCACGGUACUGCUCACCGUGGGGCUCCUGGUUCUACUCGAGUGGCAGCUUAACACUGCCGAGACACUCUUCCUCUCUGCAUCUGUGGGCCUCUCGGUAGACUUCACUGUCAACUACUGCAUCUCCUAUCACCUAUGCCCACACCCAGACCGCCUAAGCCGUGUAGCCUUCUCACUGCGCCAGACCAGCCGCGCCACGGCCAUGGGGGCUGCAGCCCUGUUUGCAGCUGGUGUGCUCAUGCUGCCUGCCACGGUGUUGCUCUUUCGCAAGCUGGGCAUUGUCCUCAUGAUGGUAAAGUGUGUCAGCUGCGGCUUUGCCAGCUUCUUCUUCCAAUCUCUCUGCUGUUUUUUUGGACCAGAGAAGAACUGUGGGCAGAUCCUCUGGCCCUGUGCCCACCUGCCAUGGGAUGCUGGAACUGGGGAGCCAAGUGGGGAAAAGACAGGCCGCCCACGACCAGGGCCAGGAGGAGGGCCACCUGGGUCCUACUCGGAGCAGUAUGAGCUACAGCCCCUGGCACGGCGCCGGAGCCCCAGCUUUGACACCAGCACAGCCACCAGCAAACUAUCUCACCGGCCCUCAGUGCUCUCUGAGGAUAUACAGCUUCAUGAUGGCCCCUACUGCUCCCGGCCCCCACCAGCCCCUGCCUCACCAAGGGACCUGCUCCUGGACCACCAGGCAGUCUUCAGCCAGUGCCCAGCCCUGCAGACCUCCUCCCCUUAUAAGCAAGCUGGCACCAGCCCCAAAACCCAGGCCAGGCAGGACUCCCAAGGGCAGAAGGCUGAGCCCAUGCAGGCCUCAGCAGAAGCUCCAGCCCACGCCUCCAAGCCCAAGGCUGCAGAGCCACCUGAUUGCCUCUGCUCCUCAGCCAGCACCCUGGAGGGGCUCAGCGUCUCGGAUGAGACCUGCCUAAGCACCUCUGAACCCAAUGCCCAUGUACCAGAUUCCAUGGGUGCCUCCCCAGAGGACCUGGAUGAAACUGAGCAAUCAGUACCUGAGCGAGGCCAGCUGAACAGGAAGCGGGACACCCUGUGGCUGGCGCUGAAGGAGACUGUGUAUGAUCCAUCACAGCCUGCCUCCCACCAGAGCACCUCAUCCUGGAAGGGCCGUGGGGGACCAGGGGAUGGCAGCCCUGUGGUGCUGCCCAACAGCCAACCAGAUCUGCCAGAUGUUUGGCUGCGCAGGCCCAGCACCCAUACUUCAGGCUACAGUAGUUGAGGGAGGCUGGGGGAAGCUGGGCCAGGGUGCAGAGCCUGUCAGGGAGGACAGGGCAGGGGCAGCAUCAAGCUGGAGCCUGGUGGUGUUUCCCCAUGUCAGCAGGGAGAGACCUCACCCUUCAGCUGUGGACUUUAAACCCUGCCAGAUAUUCCAGCCUUGGUCGGGGCUGCUGCUUACACCCCGCAUCUGGAGGAUUCAGUGGGGAGAAUCUUUGGAGAGAAAUGCCAAGCUCUCCUUGUGACCUGCUGAGGACUCCUGAGCCCCCACAGUGCCAACCAGGACCCACUCCAGGGAAUCUCACCAAGCAAGAGUCCUGGGGAACCUCGGCA